UUUGGUCUAUUCUCACUUUUUUUUAAUAAAAUUAUUUAAAAGAAAUCUAUGAUAAUUGCUUUAAUUUGAUUUAAAAAUUUUAUGAAACUAACAUAAUAUGGUGAUAGUAAAUAAUAUGGAUUUAAUUAGCACUAUAGAAGAUGAUGCAGAAGUAGAAAAUCAUUCAGAAGAUUCCGAUGCAGAAAUCGAGUAUCAACCCACAAAAUUAAAGCACAAAAAAAUUACAGAAUUUGAACAAAAUUUCGAAUUUGUUAGCUCUGUCAAGGAAUACAAUAAAGACACCUGGGAUGAUUUGAUGAAAUAUGUGAAACGUAAGGCACGCACAAAGACCGAUGACAAAAUUGCUGCCCGUCUUAAGCAACGCGAGGGUGAUGGAGAAAACAUUAAUCCCAAAGAUGAGGACAGUGGCGAUGAGAUUGAUUUGUCUGAAGAUGAAUUGAAACAUGAUAAUUUGCGUUUAAGGGAAAAGAAAUUGUCGAAAAAGAAGAAGAAAAAUAAGGCUGGCAGUGAUGAAGAAUCCGAGGAUGAGGGAGAAAAAAUGCAAUUCGAUGAGGCCAUAGAAUCGAAUGAAUCGAUUACUUCAUUUUAUCAAAUGAAUCUUUCUCGUCCGCUGAUGAGAGCUAUUGGUGUUUUGGGUUAUAUUUAUCCCACACCCAUUCAGGCCUCCACUAUACCCAUAGCCUUAUUGGGUAGAGAUAUUUGCGGUUGUGCUGCUACCGGUACUGGUAAAACUGCAGCCUAUAUGUUGCCUACCGUAGAACGUUUACUAUAUCGUCCUAUGAACAAUAAAACUGUGACCAGAGUAUUGGUUUUGGUGCCUACUCGUGAAUUGGGUGCCCAGGUAUAUCAGGUCACCAAGCAGUUGUGCCAGUUUACCACCAUCGACGUUGGUCUGGCUAUUGGUGGUUUAGAUGUCAAGGCUCAAGAAAUGGUGCUGCGUCAAAAUCCUGAUAUUGUCAUUGCUACACCUGGUCGUUUGAUCGAUCACAUUAAGAAUACGCCAAGUUUUAGUUUGGACUCUAUUGAGGUUCUUAUACUCGAUGAAGCCGAUCGUAUGUUGGAUGAAUAUUUUGCUGAGCAAAUGAAAGAAAUUAUUACUUCUUGUUCAAAAACCCGACAGACCAUGCUUUUCUCUGCCACCAUGAGUGAACAAGUUAAGGACUUGGCUGCCGUUUCCCUCAACAAGCCGGUCAAAGUGUUUGUUAACAACAAUCAACAAGUGGCCUUUAAUUUACGUCAAGAAUUUAUUCGUAUACGCGAAGAGAAAGAAGGCGACCGUGAACCCAUAUUAGCCAGUUUAAUUUGUCGUACGUUCCAUGAUCAUUGCAUGAUCUUUGUACAAACCAAAAAACAAGCCCAUCGCCUGCAUAUACUUUUGGGUUUGUUGGGAAUUAAAGCUGGCGAGUUGCACGGUAAUCUAACUCAACAGCAACGUUUGGAAUCUUUGAAAAAGUUUAAGGAGGAACAAAUAGAUGUUCUCAUAGCUACCGAUGUGGCUGCUAGAGGUUUGGAUAUUGUUGGCGUUAAGACCGUUAUCAACUUUGUUAUGCCCAUAACAACAGAACAUUAUAUACAUCGUGUGGGUCGUACCGCACGUGCUGGACGUGCAGGUAUUUCAGUGUCUUUGGCCGGUGAGAAGGAAAGGAAAAUAGUUAAAGAUAUUAUUAAAAAUGCUGAGGGUUCCGUAAAGAAUCGUAUUAUACCUCCAGAAAUUAUAGAAAAAUAUCGCAAGAAGUUGACCGCUUUAGAACCAGAAAUACAAAAUAUCUUGGAUGAAGAACAGGCCGAACGUCAAAUCGCCAAAAUGGAACAGCAAUUAUCGAAAACCGAACGUAAAUUACUGGGAAACAAGAAUGAACAUCGUGAUUGGUUCCAAACCAAAAAGCAACGUGAAGAUGAAAAACAACGUUUGUCUCUAAACCCAGAGGAAGAUAAAACUAAGAAACCGGUUGAUAAAAAUAAGAAACGUAAACGUCCUGAAUAUGGCGGUGACGGUGAAGAUGGUCCUCCGGUAAGAGAUUUGAGUGCCAAAAAGAAGAAGAAGGAAGAGGAAAAGAAAAGAGUAAAGACCCCGGAACAGUUGGCCAAAGAAAGAGCAAUGAAAGAAAUUGAAAAAGUAUCUUUAGUAAGAGCUAAAAUAUCCAAAUUACGUAAACGCCCGGGUAAACUUUCUGCAGUAUCGGAUGUUUCUGCAUACAGUAAGGCUGGUGCGUCUGGCAAACCCAAACGCGGUGGUAACUCAGCAUUUACUAAUGAUUUGACAGAUGUCAGCCGUAGUGGUGCUUUACGUUUAAGAUCAGAAGCUAAUCGUCAUCAGAAAAUGUCUAAGAUAGCCGCCAAAAAGAAGACCAGCAAUGUAAAAUUGACUAAUAAGGCGGGUAAAAAUAAAUUCAACAAAGGCAAAAGCUUUGGCGGACCAAGAUUUGCAAAAAAGGAUAAAAAUAACAAAAAGAAAUAGAUUUUUUACGUGUAAAUACUAUGUUUAGCCCCUAAGACUUUUAAUGAGUUACAAACAAAAAUAUAAAGUUUAAUAAAAUGUUUUAAUAUAAAAAUUAAA